UCCCUCCCCACUUAACUGAGCCAGUCACUUUGCCGUCCAUCCUUACCAAAGCUUCAGAUUUGCUUCGUCUUUCCUAAUUUCAGUUCAUAGCUUUCCGACUCGCGCUUCUUCUGUAUUCCCUUGCUGUCUCUGAUUUUCCUUUUGCCUUCGUAUUCUUCAACGCCCAAAAAAAAAAAAAAACUGAAAGUUACUGCUUUGCUUGGCACUUCUUCAAUUUGGUUUCUGAUAUAUUUUCGUCCGUUGUUCUCAUUAUCUUUUCAGUGUUACAACACUCCUUGCCUGCUUUUUCUUUUUUGUAAUUCUUUGUUUUUCAACUUUUUCUUAAACGUCUUUUCUGCAACUUCGUUUGGGUUACUUGUAUCUUCUGAUUUCUGUUUUUUCUAGUCUCUCCAAUAUUAAAAAAAAAAAAUUAAAGAAGUUCCUGAACCUGCUGCUUCUGCAUUCGUGGGAAGCAAAAUCUGUUCCCUAAAGUUGUUCCAAACGCCAUAAAAAGAUAGUCUCAUGCUUGAUCUGUGUUGAAGUACUAAGGAAAGCUAAUUGUUGCUGGGAGAUCUAAGGCUACUACCUUGAAACCACAAAGUUCCACAUCCACAUCAACUACUUGUAUUCAGAGUAUAAAGAGCUUUAGUGUGUUAUUCUGACAACUUUGGUGCUCCUCUUCUGGUCCUUUGCUUUUUACUGUUCAUUAACCCGAUCAGUCUGGUCGGACUAUGAAUCAGGGCGAGCUGUAGCCGCCGCCGGCCGCCGUCGACCCACUACCAGGAAGCUGUCGACAUUGAUCAGGCCACCGAAUCAUCUGAAAUUUUGGUCUUUUAAUAAAAAAAAAAAAUUUCUAUAAGUCUGCAAGGAAGACCCGGAAUCAGGAAGGACCUAUUAGCUACAGCUGCAAGUCUGCGAGGUCAAGGCCUUGAACCGGGAAGGACCGGUUAGCUACAGGACAUGACGCAGUUACUCAUUUCAAAAACAGUACAAUGCUGGUUGCUGACAUAAACUUGACUCCCCUCCCUUCUUAACUGAGCUGGUGGUCACUUUGCCGCACAUCCCUACCAAAUUCAGUUCCUAGCUCUUCGACUCUCGCUUUUCUGUGUUCCUUUUGCCUUCGUAUUCUGAAUCUGCUGCUUCUGCAUUUGUGGGAAGCAAAAUCUGUUUCCUAAAGUUGUUCCAAACACCUUUAAAAGAUAGUUUCAUGCUUGAUCUGUGUUGGAGCACCAAGGAAAGCUGAUUAUUACUCGGAGGUCUGAGUGUAUUGUCACCUCUCAAAAUAUAAAGAGCAACCAGAGAAAAAAAAAAACAAAGAAACAUAUUCGAACCUUAUUGAACGCAAAAUUGCUAAAGGUGGGGCUCUAGCAGUCAUCGGUCGUCACUGACUCACCACUAGGAAGCUGUCGCCAUCGAUCAGGCCACCGAGCCAUCUGGAGUUUUGGUGCAGUAGCUCAAACAUUUGUGCUUGGCCUUUGUUUUGCUGUCCGAUUUUUUAUGGUUGCUAAGCUUUCAUUUUAAAACUUUUCGCAAACCUAGCCUAUAAUUUAAAAGGGAGACAUACAUCCACGCUUACUAACUUGUUUUCAGUGGAUUCGAACCCAGCUCUCUUCUAAACUGAGGGACUUUUGAGGACAUUGUGGGGCAGUGCUGUUAAAACACUUUAUUUACCUCCUCUUCUCGCUGGGAAGAGGCAAUACCCGCUUUUAGAGUCUCCCAGAUCAGCUGUACGCUAAAAGGAGCAUUCACAUGGAUCCCGCUACUUGUUUUAUUGAAAAGCUUCUAGAAAAGCUCCUAGAAAAGCUUCUGGAUUAUACAAUAAAUGCCUUGGGGUAUAUGAUUUUCUAUGGCGACAACAUUAAUAAGCUAUGGAAUCAAAUAGCAGAUCUCAAUCCUACACAAGUAUUUAUCCAACAUUCAAUUGACGAGGCUAGAAGAAACGGUGAAAAAAUUGAAGAGUUAGUUGAAGGAUGGAUGAGUGGAGUGGAUGAGAUAAAAACGCAAGCACAGCAGUUCUUAGAUGAAGAAAGCCAAAAUUUGUGUUCACGUUAUCGGUUGAGUAGAAAAGCAAUCGAAAUGGCACGAAAAGUUGAAAAACUUGCAAUCGUACACUUCAACAGAGUUUCAUAUCUUCCUUCUCCCAAAUGUAGGCACUUAAUAGAUGACAAAAUGAAUGAAGGGCUUGAUUCAAGGCUGCAAAUUAUAGAUCAAGUUAUGGAGGCAUUGAGGAAUUCGAGCGUAAACAUGAUCGGGUUGUGCGGACUUGGUGGCGUUGGCAAGACUACAAUAGCUAAAGAGGUAGCAAAGAAGCUGGAGAAUCAAAAGAUGUUUGGAAAGGUGAUCAUGGUAACAAUUUCGAAGGAGAUGGAUAUUGUAAACAUUCAAACCCAUAUUGCCGAGAAGUUGGGUAUGAAACUCACAGAAAAAACUGUGGAUGCAAGAUCUUCUCGUCUAUUUGAUAGGUUGAAGCAAGAGAAGAAUAUGCUCCUAAUAUUGGAUGAUCUUUGGAAGGAACUAGAUUUGGGAGAAGUUGGAAUUCCCUUUAUUGGGGACAAAAAGAAUAACACAAAGAAUGAAGGAUGCAAACUCUUACUAACUUCAAGAAAUAAAACACUACUUUCAGACCUAAUGAAAUGUGAAAAGAUCAUCAGAGUGGGUGUUCUGUCAGAGGAUGAAGCACAUGAGUUGUUCAAGAGGAUUGCUGAACUUUCUAUUGAAUCAAGCAAUCCUAAUUUGAUGUCUACAGCCACUGAGAUUGUUCGAACAUGUGGAGGCUUGCCGCUAGCAAUUGUUGCAGCUGCAAAAUUAUUGAGGAAUAAAGAUCUGAGUAUAUGGGAAAAUGUCCUUGCACGAUUGAGAAAUCCUUUACGGAGAAACUUCACAGGAAUUAGAGAGGUCGAUUCCAUUUUGAAACUAAGCUAUGAUGAUUUGAGCGCAGAGAACAAAAACAUUUUCUUGCUUGCUGCCAUGUUGCCUCAUGACCCCUCAAUUCAAGACUUGCUCAUGUACUCCAUCGGGUUAGAUUUUCUCGAACACAUCGAGAACAUGGAAAAUGCUCAAGUUGGAAUAUUUGAUGCUGUAAUCAAGCUAAGAUCUUUGAAUUUAUUACUUGAUAGCUUAUCCAGUCGUCAUUUUACAAUGCAUGACGUUGUUCGAGAUUUGGCACUAUCAGUUGCAUCUAGUGACCUAGAUGCAUUCGUUGUGAGAGACAGAAGGUUAAAUGCAUGGCCAGAUGAAAAAGAUCAAAAAGACUUCAGGGGAAUGUUCUUUGAAAAAAGUGACAUUGGUGAUCUUCCAGAGGAGUUACUUGCUCCAAGGUUAGAAUUCUUCCUAUUAAAUAGUGAAAACCGUGAUUUGGCCAUACCGGACACCUUUUUCAAAUCCACAAAAGAUCUUAAACUGUUGAGUUUUAUCAAUGUGUGCUUUUCAUCAUUGCCAUUUCUUAAUUCUCUAAAAAAGCUCAAAACUUUAUGCCUCCACUCUUGUUUGGUGAACGAGAUGACUCAGGUUGGAAGCUUGAAGCAAUUAACAACCUUGAGUCUUGCUUAUUCUGAAAUUGAACAUUUGCCAUUUGAAUUGGCGAUGUUGACUUCAUUACAAAUGCUAAAUCUAGCCCAUUGCACUAAACUUAAAGUGAUUCCACCAAAACUCCUAUCUAGCUGGGAAAAAUUGGAGGUUCUGAGCAUGGAAAACAGCUUUAACCAGUGGGAAGCCAAAGGAUUAAGUGAAGGUAAUGUAAAUGCAAGUCUUGUUGAGUUAAAGGACUUGCCAAUCUCUUCUCUAGAUAUUCAUAUGCGUGAUCCCUCUAUUUUUCCGGAGAACUUGUUUUUAGAUAUGAAAUUGAAGAGAUACAGAAUAAUAAUUGGAAAGGAUUGGAAUUGGUAUUGCAAAUAUGAAACUUCAAGGAUGUUGAAACUUGAGCUAAAUGAAAAUAUCCAUUUGAAGCAGGGGGUUCAGAAGCUAUUAGAAGGAGUUGAAGAUUUGUAUUUGUGUGGAUCCAAUGGACUUGAACAUGUUCUUCAAAAUAGAUUUCCAUGUUUAAGGCAUCUUCAGAUUGACAGUAAUGAUGAUGUCGAAUAUAUUGUUUUGAGCUUAACGCCUCAAGAAGUUGCCCUUCCAAUGCUUGAAACUUUGAAACUGAAAAAGUUGAAUGUGUUGAAGAAGUUAUGUCGAGGACCAAUUGUGCCCACCUUCUUCCAAAACCUAAAAGUAAUCGAAGUGAGUGGCUGUCGAAUGUUGAAGUGGAUUUUCUCAGCUUCAAUGAUUGGAUCAUUUUCGCAGCUUGUUGAGAUUAAAAUUAAAGAUUGUGACUCCUUGAAAAGGGUUGUGACUUCUGCGAUUGAAGGCUCAUCUGAUCAGCCGAAAUCUGCUAAUGACGUCAUUGUUUUCAAGAAGUUAUGCACUUUGAAGAUGGAGAAAUUGCCAGCUCUUAUAGAUUUCUGCAUAAAGGAUAGAGCAGCAAAUAACCAUUGUAAUACAACUUCGAAAUCACUCUUCAACAAUAAGGUGGUAUUUUCGAUGUUGGAGCUAUUGGAACUGUCAAAUUUAGACAAUUUGACUUCAUCUAUAUGGAAUGAUCAACUUUCCAACGGCUCUUUUAGUAACUUGAAAAAAUUAGUUGUGGAGAGCUGUGGCUUUGUGGUAUUAGUGCCCUUCCAAGUUCUAAGAUCCUUACAUAGUUUGGAAGAACUAUGGGUGAUAAGGUGUGAGAAGUUGGAAGUGGUGUUUGACUUAGAAGAUUUGAAUUACUGUGAAGAGGGACAGUCAUUUGCAGUAGUUGUGCCAUUGCAGAGGAUAAGCUUAUGGAGUUUGCCAAAAUUGAAGAGUGUGGGGAGCAGUCACCACCAAGUAAAUGCCUCCUUCCAAAGUCCAAGUCAGAUUGAUUCAAAAUAUUCUCUGCUCUCUUGCAACAAGGUGUUAUUUCCGAUGUUGGAGCUAUUGGAACUGUCAAAUUUAGACAAUUUGACUUCAUCUAUAUGGAAUGAUCAGCUUUCCGACAGCUCGUUUGGUAACUUGAAAAGACUACAUGUAGGGAGCUGUGGCUUUGUGGUAUUAGUGCCCUUCCAAGUUCUAAGAUCCUUAUAUAGUUUGGAAGAACUGGUGGUGACAAAGUGUGAGAAGUUGGAGGUGGUGUUUGACUUAGAAGAUUUGAAUGACGGUAAAGAGAUACAGUCAUCUUCAGUAGUUGUGCCAUUGAAGAAGUUAAGCUUACAGAGUUUGCCAAAACUGAAGAUCGUGUGGGGCAAUCACCACCAAGGAAAUGUCUCCUUCCAAAGUCUAAGCCAGAUUGAGUUAAAAUAUCCUCUGCUCUGUCGCAGCAAGGAUGAUCGAUUUUCAUACAACUUGUUUAGUAACUUAAAAGAGCUAGUUGUGGAUGGGUGUGGCUUUGUGAUAUUAGUGCCCUUCCAAGUUCUAAGAUCCUUACACAGUUUGGAAGAACUACAAGUGCAAGAGUGUGAGGAGUUGGAGGUGGUGUUUGAUUUAGAAGAUUGGAAUGAUUGUAAAGAGAGACAGUCAUCUUCAGUGGUUGCACGAUUGAAGAAGUUAAGACUAUGUGAGUUGCCAAAACUGAAGAACGUGUGGAGCAAUGACCACCAAGGAAAUGUCUCCUUCCAAAGUCUAAAGCAGAUAGAAGUUGAUAAUUGUGACAGCCUGACGAGUGUGUUUCCUGCAUCUAUAGCCAAAGGCAUGCUUCAUUGUCUCGAACAACUUGUAGUUCGAAAGUGUGCUGAUAUGGAAGUAAUUGUUGCAAAGGAUCAAGUUUCUGAAUCUCUUGAUUCUACAUUUCUAUUUCCUGGGCUGACUUCCCUUGAGCUUGCUUACCUUCCAAAUUGAGAAACUUCUAUGGACAAAGACACAAAUUAGAAUUGCCCCACCUUCAACGGUUAGUUAUUUUGGAUUGUGGUGAAAGAGAGAUAUUUGAAAUGAAGGUCUCAAGUUCAUCAGAAAUACAUGGGGAAGAGAGUGCGAUAGACUCAAAAUAUCCUCUGCUCUCCUGCAACAAGGAUGAUCGAUUUUCAUACAACUUGUUGAAAAAGCUAGUUGUGGAUGGUUGUGGCUCUUUGAUAUUAGUGCCCUUCCAAGUUCUAAGAUCCUUACACAGUUUGGAAGAACUAACAGUGAAUAAGUGUGAGGAGUUGGAGGUGGUGUUUGAUUUAGAAGACUUGAAUGACUGUAAAGAGAGACAGUCAUCAUCGGUGGUUUUGCCCUUGAAGAAGUUAUGGUUAUGGAGUUUGCCAAAAUUGAAGAAUGUGUGGAGCAAUCACCACGGUGAAAUGUCUGCUUCCAAAGUCUAAGCCAGAUACAUGUUUCUCUUUGUGACAGCCUGACGAGUGUGUUUCCUGCAUCUAUAGCCAAAGGCAUGCUUCAUUGUCUUGAGCAACUUGAAGUACGAAAGUGUGCUGAUAUGGAAGUAAUUGUUGCAACGGAUCAAGUUUCAGAAUCUCUUGAUGCUGCAUUUGUGUGUCCUAGGCUGACUUCCCUUGAGCUUUUUGGCCUUCCAAAUUUGAGGUACUUCUAUGCACAGAGACACAAAUUAGAACGGUGCCACCUUGUCUGUUGUGGUGAAACAGAGAUAUUUGAAAAGGAGGUCUCGAGUUCAUCAGAAAUACAUGGGGAAGAGAGUACAAUAGACUCAAAAUAUCCUCUGCUCUCCUGC